GAAAGAGCUGGCGCAUUAGAUGCAUUGAGUGAAGAGCAGAGGGAAGAAAUCAAUGAAGCCUUCUCCCUCUUCGACCUAGACAAAGACAACCACAUCGACUACCACGAACUAAAAGUCGCCCUCAAAGCCCUCGGCUUCGACCUCCCCAAAUCCGACAUCCUCUCCCUUCUCCAAACCCACGGUAUCCCCGCCUCUUCCACCUCUACCCACCCUUCCGCAACAAACACAAAACCCACCUUUUCAGGCCCGUCACGUUUGGUAUUGCCUCAUGCCUCUUUUGUGUCUAUCGCUGCUUCGAGGAUCUUGGCUAGAGAUCCUAGAGAUGAGAUCCUCAGGGCGUUUGAUCUGUUUGAUGCCGAGGGCAAGGGAAAUAUCAAUUUGCAGGAUUUGAGGCGGGUGGCUAGGGAGUUGGGGGAAGGGUUGCAGGAGGAGGAGUUGGUGGCGAUGAUUGAGGAGUUUGAUUUGGAUGGUGAUGGUGCUAUUUCUAGAGAUGAGUUUGUGGGCAUU